AUGUCAGGAACCAUCACUGUGUCAAACCGCGAGUCGGUCAGCCUGUUUUCCACGCAAACAAACUUGACAAACAGGUCUCUGGGGACUACCAGACGAGAUGGGACGAUUGCCCUGGCGGGAGAGCUCGCGAUCUGCGCAAACACGUUUGCGGAGAGGUCGUCGUACGAGUCUAUUCUUUCUGCAAAUGCGCGGCGCCGGCCGGACCAUUUGGCCGGCCGUUCAAACGCGGGCGAGCAAAGCACAGACUCUGGCACUCUGUACGUAAACUUCAGCACCAGCAGUCUAAUGCCAGCGAUGAUCCUGACAGCACCGGCUUUAUCGUCUUCCGUGUCAGAUUUACACGGAAUGACACUCUCGUCGGUAAGCUCGCUCACAGUCAGUCCGGAACCCGUGGUCCAGUUCAACCUGCAGGUGCCGUCGAGAACGUCGCAGACGCUGCACGAGUCCGGGUUUCUGGCGCUGCACAUCUUGCCCCCGGUGAAGGAGUCUGUGCGGCUGGCUAGGGCGUUUUCGAGAGGAACGCAGGGGAAACGUGUGACGAGGCCGUUCGAGGAGCUCGGAAAGGACGAGUGGUCGUACUUCACGACGGAAACCCUAAGAAUACCUGUUCUUUCGCUCGCCGAGCGGAUCCUGAUCUGCGAAAAGCACCAGGUGUUUCGUGUAUAUAAUCAUGAGCUAUGGACGUGUCGAGUGCGGGAGAUAGUCCGGCGCGCUGGCGACGCCGACGCGACGGGCGGGCUACUCUACUUCAACCGACGGUUCCAUGCAGUGGGAGGGAAACUGGAGCAUUAA